AGGAUGUGCACCAGCGGCCAGAUUAUUGGGAGCCUGCUGGUGCUCUCCGUGCUGGAGAUAGGGCUGGGGGUGUCCAGCGUGGCCGUGGGGGCGGUCAGCUUCAGCCUGGCCCUCCGACAGCACAAGCCGCAGCUCGGAGACUCGUCCCCGUUUCUUCUCUGUGGCAUAUGUGGAAUAUUGUGCGCCAAAAAGAAAUCUGGCCUUGUCAUGAUCCUCUUUUCGGCCUGCUGCAUCUGUGGGCUCAUCGGGGGCAUCCUGAACUUCCAGUUCCUCCGGGCAGUGACAAAGAGGACCUCGUCCCUCUACCCUCUGCACCUGGCCUCCAUGUCCCUGGCGUGCAUCGGGAUCGGGGGCUGCACCCUCUCCUCGUGGCUCACUUGCCGGCUGGCCAGCUACGAGCAGCGGAGAAUGUUCUCGGAGAGGGAGCACUCGCUGCACCACUCCCACGAGAUGGCUGAGAAAGAAAUUACAGACAACAUGAGCAAUGGAGGACCACACCUAAUAUUUAAUGGAAGAGUAUAAUCAAUGUUUUAAAGAACUGAACAUUUUUUUAGGAUUUUUCAUGAGGCAAGGAAAUACCAAAGGACUAGGAGAUAAAACUAAAACAGUUCCUGCAUUUGCUGUUAUCUCCCCUGAACACCCACUAAAAUUAUUCUUUCUCAAUUUUGCCUCACUUAUGUCUUCAGCUUUUUUUAUUGGGUGGACAAAUUUCCAGAAAUGUCCUAGUACAGUAAUUUCAACAUUUUCCAGAUGGUUCUAAAAAAGACUUUUCAGGAAAAAAAGGAAUAGAUAAAAUAGAAAGAUUCCUAUUCUAUACAAACACUAUUUGACUAGCAUGAGUGUAGAUUUGUCAUGACGUACUUCAUUAUCAGUAAUCAAAAAGUGCAAAUAUCAAGAAACAACAACUUAUUGAUGUCUUUGCUUUGAAAGACGAUGGCUUCAAGGACACCACGAUUCAAAACCUCAGCAAUGCCUUCUUGUAAAAACAUUGUAAUUAUUUUCAACUUGUGAAUGAACUAUAUUUCAUAAUUUAUUUGUAAAUGACAAAACACUUAAAGCCUAAAAAAAGAUUUUUUUUAGAGAGAGAAUACUAACCUGUAUGAUAUUUUUGCAUUUUUGCACAACAGUGAAAAGUUGUAAAUGAAUAUCAUUUAAGGCAAAUGAACAUGUGUGGAUCAUCCUGCGAAGAUGGAUCUGCACAUUCAUGAAUGAGCCUAAGAAUAAAAUAAAGUAUGUGUGUGUAUGUGCGUAUAUAUACUGUAAAUAUUGAAAAUAUAUACAGCACAUAUUUAUAGCAUUUGUGAAUGUAAGUAGGUAGUAGAAAAGAAAUUGUGAUGCUGUGGGGUUGUGUUAGCAAGAUUCCAUACCCACAGAGAUGGGAAAGCAAUUGUUCGAGGGUUUUCUAUGCCUACGAAAUCACAUUUUAAUUUCAGCUAAAUUUGUUCAUUUUCAUUCUUUUUAUUAUGUCUGCUGUGUGUAAAAAUCAUUGUGGCUGAGCUUUAGAGAGUUGAGUGAUCUGAACAGUAUACUACAAAGGUAAUUUACUUAUUUGGCUGUUUUACUAUUAUUAUGGUAUUUUAUGUAAUAAUAAUUAAUAUUGAUUUAUAAACAUAACUUUAAAUCACAUACUUUCACAUAAUUAUUUAUGAUUAUUCAUGAUAUUUGCAUUUUAAACACUUUAGAGCCCAAUUAAAUUAUAUAAAAGAAUGGAUGAAGUAGGCCCAGAUGGUGAGGCUACAAUUAGUUUUGCUAUAAUUUAAUUUACUGUUUUGUUUGCUUUACAGUUCACAUGAAAUAAUACAGACAAAACAUUUUUAAGAAUGCAUAUAUCCAAAGAACCUGAAAGAGUUCUCUGUAGAAGGAAAUAAAAAGAUAGGCUCACAUUUACAUAGCAAGACUCAAUCCUUCCAUGAUGAAAUGUUAAAAUAGCAACCUGAGACAAUAUCUAUAGGCAAGAAAACAGCAUGGUCUUUGAAAAUUUUAUGAGAACAUAACCUCUGGCAGCAGAUAAAGAACUCUGAUAUUUUUAAAUAUAUAACUCUCACUGCAUUGCAUACUUUUAUUUUUCCCCAAAGCUAAUCAAUUUUUGACUCAUUUUUUAUGAGUUGCCUACUGAACCAUAAGGUAAACUAACAUCUUUAAUAUCCAGUAUGAGAACAUGUUAUAACUUAGAAACAAAAUAGGAGUUUUAAUUGUGCUAAGAAAAUAAUAAUUCCAGUUCAUGGAAAUGGAAAGGUCUUUUAGUUUUAGAGUGGCACAACCAUCACCUACCAUAUUUAAAUCAGCUCGUAACAAAUUUCUGGCUGUAUCCAGUCAAAAGAAAUAACUCGAGUAUGGUUGUGUGGUGUAGAUUUUGAAGUCUCCCAACUCACUUGGAUAACUUCAUUAUCCAGUAGAUUACAGAAGUUUCCAUAAAUGCGACCUCAGAGAGGGAAUCGACGUCAGCACCAUCCAUCGGGUGUCACAAGCAGGCAUGAUCUUUGUUUCUGAGAAUCUAAACUAUGCAGUGAAGAUAUUUUAUGUGUAUGUGGCCCUACUGGAUUUUUCCAAGGCUGUCACCUUGUACUGAAAGAAUAGCCACCAACUCUAAUUUGGGGUGGCAUCUCUUUGUAGACAUGUUUGCACAAUAGAGAGUUAUAAUGCAUCAGUCAGAAGUUUUAAAGCCUUUGAAAUAAUUUAUGAAAUCACACUUAUAGGACAAAAGUAGGCAUAUCGCUGCUUUGACAUAGAGUUAAGAAGAAAUACAAUCAUCACAAUUUCCCAAAUAGUCUACAGUGUAUUUAACCUAGUAUAGCUAUAUCUUUAAAUGUAAGUUAUUUUAACCCAAUAUUUUCAGGGCUCAGUUAUUUACAGUGAUAUGUUUGGGACGUGUAGUAACUCUUUCUGAGAUAGGUAGAGGAAAUUAGGAAGACAUUGUUGCAGUACUUGAAAAUCUAAUUUUCACAAUACAUUAUUGAACUACGGACUCGAAUAUUUUUAAGUGUCUGCAUUACAGCUUUCGUAUGAGCCUGCCCUCGGGGAAAAGUAAUGUGAUCUUAAAAUAGAAAAAAAAAGUGAAACUAGCAUGGUGGUGUGCCGUAGAGACUAGCUACAAAAGGUGCAGUCAUUAUAAGCAUCGAAGAUUAAAAGUGCACUCCUCUUGGGAUUUUUUAACCAUAUAUGUGUGUGUAUGUGUACACACCUACACA